AUGUCUGAAAGGCGCAAUGCCUUCAAGCGUACGUGGGUGGCUUUUAAAUCCAGCCUCUGCUGUACCCCGCGCGAUACAGCACGGUCCUCUGAAGCGUCACCUCAAGCUGCUCAAUCGCAAUCACAUAUCACGCCGAGCGUCCUCCCAAGUCAGCUUGCACAUUCCACUGAAGGUGGUAGCAACAGCUCCUGUCAGACGGAGGCGGUGCCUGUACCGAAGCAAGGUUUGGCAUCCUUCACGAAGCAGAGCCACAGGCUUUCUUACGAAUUAUGGAAUAAAGCCUACGAUGAACUUGGAAAGGAUGAAAGCGAGCUUGUCGGCAAUUAUGCCAAAGUGCUAGCCAAGGCACUAGCUGAAGAGAUCACCGAGGCUCAAUAUGAAGAGACUCGAGACGACUCGGCCGGCCACUCCGACGAGCGCAAAUACGUGAAAGACCUCACCGCUCGGGUUUUUGUCGAGUUGAAUGUCUCAAAAGCCAAGACAACUGUUGAUGAAGCCCCCCCUGGGAGCAGUUCGGCCGAGCUCGAUCAAAUUUCGACCAGUAUUCUGGCUAAGCUGAAGGAUCCAGCCAAGCGGCAGAUGUUUCUUGAGAUGCUAGUCAGCCGUGGACAGCUGAAAGUCAAAAAGACAGAGGGCAUAGCCAAGGCAGCUGGUUACGUGGCGGAGAAAGGUUUAUUUAUCAAGCCGGCGGUUGAUUUGAUACUACAAAUUCCUCAAGCGGCGCCUGCUGCACUUCCGUGGGCUGGAAUAUGUCUCGGCAUGAAGAUGCUCUCAUACCCAGCAGACUCGGCACAGGAGCAGCGCGACGGGUUUAGUUUCGUUGCUCACAGAAUGCAGUGGUACUAUGCUAUGACGGAUUAUCUUCUUGAUCAUGACGAUAAGUCAAGCACAGGUCAGGACUCUGCCUCCAUCUUGGAGAUGUUGACGGAAAAGCUCUUCGACCUUUAUAAGGCUAUCUUGCGCUAUCAGCUACUCAGCGUCUGUUAUUAUUACAGCAACCCAUUCCGCCAGUUGUAUGACAACGUGGAUUGGGCAGGCUCCAAGAAGGCCGUGGAGGAUGCCGAAUGUGUCUUUUCGAAAGAUUGGGACUGCUAUAAGAAAGUUGAGGCUAGAAACCUUUGGGAAAACAUUGGUCAGACACUUCAGAACUACGUCUCUCAGCAGAAUGCAAGACUUCUGACUCAUGAGAACCGCGAAUACCUGCAGGCUCUCUGGGUUGGUGACCCACAAGAUGAGAUGAAUGACAUUGAGGACAAGAAGGGGGGGUUAUACGAUAACAUGUGUGAGUGGAUGCUGAGCCACCCAAACUACAGAGCGUUCACCGCAUGGGAUGAAAACCGUUCUUGCCUCGGCGGCCGUCUUCUGUGGAUAAAAGGUCCUGCCGGGAUAGGGAAGACAAUGGUCAUGAUUCGUAUCGUUCGAAACCUCCUAAAACAACGGAGGGUGCAAAAUCUGGCCUACUUUUUCUGUCAAAGUGCGAAAUCUAACCAGAACACGGCGACAACCAUCGUGCGGGCUUUGCUAUGGAUGCUGCUAAUUCAGCAGCCAAACCUCAUUACGCACAUACAAACGAAAUUCCAAUGGGCCGGCAAAGACAUGUUCGAGAAAGACUCUACAAUACGAGGUCUUUUGGAGGUGUUUGAGAACAUAUCCAAAGAUGCGUCCCCGGUCUAUUUCUUCGUUGAUGCGCUUGACGAAUGUGACGAGGGGCAGAAAGAGAUUAUUGAGCUCAUCGCCGCUUCACUCAAGGUUUCCAACAACGUGAGGUGGCUCAUCACGAGUCGUACAGAGGUUGAGUUGGUGGACAAGGUGACGAGCGCAACUACGAAUGCUUCCGUCGUCCUUGAUGAGAUAGACGUGCUAGCCCAGACGGGAAGAGACGAGAUGUACAUUCAACAUAGGCUCUCGGCCCUGAAAGAGCAACCCGGACUGGAGUAUGACAAAGUUGACUGCGAAAAGCUCAAGAAAGAAAUUCAAGAAAGAGGAGACGGCAAUCUUCUCUGGCUGGCCGUUGUAUUUGACAGUAUCAAGGAAAUGCGCGCUGAAUACGCUCAGAAGGAGAUCAAGAAUGCUCCUCGCGGCGUGAAGGGGCUGUAUGACCACAAAAUACGUCAAAUUCAGAGUAUGAAAACAGAGGAACGUCAGCGUUGCUAUGAUGUUCUGAUGGUUGUUUCGCUUGCAUACAGCCUCCCAAUUUCCAUGUCCGAGCUCGAGAUACUUGUUCCGUGGUCGGCUAGAUUCGACCCGCUGGUGUCACUACGCAAAUGCAGCGCCUUUUUGAUGGCUAGAUACGCAAAACAACGCAAGACAAUCAUUGAUGUCAAUCACAAGACAGCCAAGGAUUAUAUAAUCGAAUCCAGAGAUUGUCUCCGCGGUGAUGCGAUCAGAGGACAUGCAGAUCUUGUUCGGUACUCGAUUGAUGCCCUUACCUCGGAGAGGCGGGACAUCUUUAAACUCGGCCGUUGGAAAUCGCAGAUUUUACCGCCUUUGGAAGCGAAUGAUCUGGUGUGUAUCAGAUACUCGCUGGUUUAUUGGCUUGACCAUCUCUGCGAGGCGAUCAAUCACUCUGAUUUCUCCGAGGGAAGAGCUCUCUGCGAAGCCGCCUUGGAGUUCUUGAAGGUACACUUCCUGCAUUUGCUGGAGAGCUUAGGCCACUUGGAUCGAAUUCCAGUCAUUCUUUUAUCGAUCAGAAAGCUGUUGCAAAUUCUCAAGCCAUGCGCGAAAUUCCAUUCGGAUGCUAAAUCUGAUCUUUUUGAUUUUUUGACGCACGCAGAAAGGUUUACCGCCAUGUACAUGGAUAUGAUAUCGCAGGAGCCGUUGCAGACCUACGGCGCUGCGCUUACGUUCUGUCCAAACCGGUGCAAGAUGAAAGAGUUAUUUUGGGGUAGCCAGCGAAUUCCCCUUCUCAAGAGCGUCAAAGGCAUCGAGGAUGACUGGGACUUUUCUUUGAUUCAAGUACUUCGGGGCCAUACUGAACCCAUUUCAGCGAUGGCGUUUUCUUGUGACGGAACGCUCGCAUCAGCAUCGAGGUGGUAUGGAAAAGUCAUAAUCUGGGGCUUGCAUACAGGGAGAGAAGCAAAAGUUCUGUGCAAAGAUCUGGUUAGCAUUUCAGCUAUCGCAUUCUCGUACGAUGGGAAGCAACUCGCGGCAGUAUGGGAAAAGGGCAACGUCAGACUCUGGAACUUGCUUACAGGAGAAGAGGCUAAUAUGCAUACUUUCCACUCCGAGACUGUCAGUGCUCUGGAAUUCUCGCGCGAUGGCACGCUUGCCUCGGCUUCAGAUGACAGAACGGUCCGGAUCUGGGACCCGGCUAAAACAAACACGAUGAAAAUUCUUAGUGGUCAUACUGACCGGGUUUUCGCCAUCGCAUUUUCCCAUGAUGGAAAGCAGCUUGCAUCUGCGUCGAAGGAUAACACUGUCAGACUCUGGGACGCUGCCACAGGAUCCAAGUUGCGCUUGUUUGGGGACUUUCAUUUUGAAACCGUAAAAUCUGACAUCACCUUCUUGGGUGAUGGCAAAGAUCUCUUAUUAUGCUCCUCGGGUAUCAUCACGCGAUUGAAUGUAGCCACAGGAGCCAAGACGCUACCUCUCAACCGCCAGACUAGGCACGAUUUUCUUGAGUUUGCUCUGUCGCCUGAUUGUACUCAACUCGCAACAGUAAAUCAGAGCUUAGAGAUCGAGCUGUGGGACUUGACGACGGGGGAUGCAUUGCAAGGAUUACGCACAGGUUACUUGGUCACAUACUCUCCUGACGGGAAGAUGCUCGUAUCAGCUUACUAUGACGGCACGAUUCGUCUCUGGGACUCGACUAUGACAAGCACGGUUGCAACAUCAUCUUCCGUUGGUUUGACAGACGUUUCCGCACUUGCAUUCUCACCUAAUGGUGAGCAACUUGCGUCAGGAUUUGAGGAUGGCUCAAUUCGCGUUCAGAACUCUGCUACGGGAAUUGAGAUAGUGCCGCGGAUACGUGCCCAUCACACAAUCGUGACAACUUUUGUAUACUCUCCAGAUGGUGGUCAGCUGGCGUCUGUUUCUUUUGACGGCGCUAUUAAGCUCUGGGACACGGCCGCAGGGUAUAAAAUCCAGCGAAGUCUGGACAGCCGUGGCGGAGGGAUCAGAAUACUUACCUACUCUAGCGACGGUAAACAGAUUGUUUCAGUAUCGUAUGAUGGAGCAAUCGUGCUCUGGGAUCCAGCCACCGGGCUAGGGAGGUUGGUAUUUGAUACGCGCUGCUCCGACUCGGAGACCGCUCUCUCUCUCGAUGGCCAAUAUAUUGCUUCGGCGUGGGACAACACUCUCAAACUUUGGGACCUGGACAAGGACUUUGUCUCGCCUGUGUGGUGCCAGACCGUAAAGCACGGACCAUUCGCGAUUGUGGGGAUUGUGCUUUCCCCUGACGCAAAACAGAUUGUAUGUUUGUCAAAGACAGCCGUCUACUUCUACGACACGGCGACAGGUGCGGUAGCGGACGCUACAUAUCAACUACCGCGUGAGUGUUUCCAAUAUGCGCCGCACAGCCUACGGCUCUCAUCCGAUGGCCGAAUGCUAUGCACGGAACGAGGGUGCAUAGAGAUUCGUCGUUUGCCUCUGGAGAAGGCCUCAUCUGACUCUGCAGCACCGGAAGAAGCAAUCUAUGUCGGCCAUAGGUCAAUAACUCGCGGGGGGAAACGGAUGCUUUGGCUACCAGAGGCAUAUAAAUCGAGAAUUGCAGUGGCUUAUGGUCGUCUUCUGGCAAUUGCGUAUAAAUCUGGUUCCGUGAUCAUCAUUGAGCUUGAGGAACCUUGUGAGAAAUCACCUGCCGGUUCCCAGAGCAAGGAGUCCAGAUGUUAG